UGGUUUAUAUUGAAGGUCACCGACAAUGUUGUCGCCUUUCACACAGACAUUGAAAAAAUAAAAUAUUAUCCUAUUUUCUGACAUCAAUUGUAUAUAAGGAGAGUGUUAUGUGUGUGGAUGUGGUGUUUGAAAAUAACAAAUAAUUAAAUAUCAAAUAUAAUUAUAUUUUUAUAUAUCAUAUAAUUGUUAUAUUAUUAUUAUUAUUAGUAAAAAAUUGUUAUAUAAUUUUCAAUUUUUGGGUGAAAAAAAAGUACAACAAUAUUAUUCUGCAUAUCAAUUGAAAUAACAACCAACAAAAAUAUUGGCUAUUAAUUUGAAUUUUAUUUUUUAAAAAAAUUUAAUUUUUGUUAAAAAUAAAAUCAUGACUAAAGAGGACGGACCUAAUCGUAAGAUAUCCCAGAAUAACGGCGCCAAACCAUUUCCUAUUAGAGGUGACCGGACGACAACCUACGUAAACAUUCCCCAUGUAAUAGCAAUGGUCGGACUGCCCGCCCGGGGCAAGACAUAUAUUGCCAAAAAACUGACCCGCUAUCUGAAUUGGAUUGGCAUCAAUACCCGGGUGUUCAAUGUCGGCGAAUAUCGACGACUGGCCACAAAAGCCUAUCGUAAUCAUGACUUUUUCCGACCCGACAAUAAAGAUGCACAGCUUAUCCGAAAUAAAUGUGCUAUCGAUGCACUGGCCGACAUGUGCUCCUGGCUGGAGGAAGGAACCGGUGAAGUGGCCGUCUAUGACGCCACUAAUACCACUUACGAGAGACGACAGAUGAUCUACGAUACGGUUGUCGAUAAAUAUGGUUACAAAUUGUUUUUUGUCGAAUCAUUCUGUAACGACCCGAGCAUUAUUGAGGCCAACAUUCGGGAGGUAAAAAUCCAUAGUCCCGACUACCGGGAUGUCAACAAUGACGACGCACUGAUGGAUUUUAUCAAACGUAUUGAACACUACGAGAUGGCCUAUCAGCCACUGGACGAAGAAAAAGAAAAACAAUUGUCGUUUAUGAAGAUAUAUAACGCCGGCGAAAAAGUUAUUGUCCAUCGACACGAAGGACACAUCCAGAGUCGAGUGGUCUACUAUUUGAUGAACAUUCACAUCACUCCCCGUUCAAUCUACUUGACCCGUCACGGCGAAAGUGUCUACAAUCUAUUGGGUCGUAUUGGCGGCGAUGCCGAACUAUCCGAGCGUGGCUGGGAAUAUGCCAAAGCUCUGGCCAAAUAUAUAUCCGAACAACAGAUCCCAAGACUACGUGUCUGGACAUCGCAGUUGAGACGUACGGCACAGACAUCCGAAUCGAUUAAAGCACCGCAAGAACGAUGGAAAGCCUUGAAUGAAAUCGAUGCCGGAAUUUGCGAAGAGAUGACCUACGAGGAGAUCCAGAAUAAAUAUCCGGAUGAGUUUGCCCUGAGAGACCAGGAUAAGUUUCACUAUAGAUAUCCUAAAGGAGAGUCCUAUGAAGAUCUAGUGGCCCGACUGGAACCGGUAAUCAUGGAACUGGAGCGCCAGGAGAACGUACUGGUUGUCGGACAUCAGGCAGUCCUCCGGUGUCUAUUGGCCUACUUUCUCGACAAGAGCUCAGACCAAUUGCCCUACCUAAAAGUACCGCUCCAUACAAUAAUAAAGUUGACUCCCGUUGCCUACGGGUGCCAAGUCGAUGAAAUACGUAUACCCAUCGAUGCGGUCAACACACACCGUGACAAACCAUUGGGUAUUAUAAAUUCAGAGUCAACUCUCUAUGAAAGCGAAAUUAGGAGAAAUAAUUUAAAUAAACUCAAUAAUAAUGGCAAUAAUAAUAAUAAUAAUAAUAAGCUAAUUAACUCCCGAUUCGGUAGACAAUCGCUGACCAAAUUGUCACUUAAGGAACUAAUUUUCAAUGAAGAUGUCUAUUACGAGUAUUAA